UUCUUGGGGUUAUCCGAUCACUGUUAUAAGGGUUACCCGGUCAGUGUUAAAGGGUUAUCCGGUCAGUAUUAAAGGGGUUACUUGGGGUUAUUUUGUUCUUUUACAAGGGGUUACACGAUAUGGCCAGCCGCACACAAGACGAGUUGUUUAAUAUGGGUUGUUUAAUAUGUUGCACAAUACUAUAUGCACUAUUCACAAUAUUUCUACAUAACAAUCUUUUAAAAACAUGUAUGUAAAGAAAAAUGGCCAAUCUUUAGUGACGAUAUUACUCAUGCGAGCAACUUUCUACUAGAUCUAGAUCUCACCCCAAACAUAUCAACGUUAAACCCUAAAAUCAGCACAAAACUAUAAAAAUAGAAAUCUCUCCAUUAAUGGAGUAGACAAACCUUUAUGUCUAUAUUAUAUUAUUAUUCCUUCUCUCUCGAAAUUGAAGAAACUUAACCACCGACUAUUCCUACUCUACUCUUCUUCACUCUUUUCCUUUCAUCCAUUCUUUCCCUCUUUCUCCUUUCCCUCUUUCCUACCUGUCCUCCUUUCACUUUGACACCACCUCUUCCUCUUUCACCUCUUAAACCCCCCAUUCAACAUUUUUUUUUUUCAAUCUAACUUCACUCAAUAAUUAUAGAAAUCUCAAAAACCCCAAAUACCCACUUUCUAAAUCCCUCAAAAAUCUAAAAAAGUUCCUAAAUUCAUAAUAUUUCCAUUUAUUUCUUCCUCAUUCACAAAACCCACCUUCUAAAUCCCUCUAAAAAUCUUAAGUAGUUCCUAAAUUUUCUCAUUUCACUCGUAUAAAUCUCAAAAAACCCACAAAAACCCAUUUUUCCAAAAUCCCUCAAAAAUUAGUAGAAAAAAACAAUGAGCUCUAAAAUGGUAGCUUCAACACCUUCAUUAAGUGAAGGAAUCAUCAAGAAAAUCAUAUUAACUUACACAUACAUCUCAAUAUGGCUAUUUUUUUCAUUUAGUGUAAUAAUCUACAACAAAUACAUCUUAGACAAAAAGCUCUACAAUUGGCCUUACCCAAUCACACUAACAAUGAUUCACAUGUCAUUCUCUUCAAUUUUAUCAUUCCUUCUUGUUCGUGUGUUUCAUGUUGUUGAAUCCCCACUUCAAAUGACAAAAUCAUUAUAUAUUUCAUCAAUUUUACCAAUUGGAGUACUCUUUGCUCUGUCUCUUUGGCUCUCAAAUUCAGCCUACAUUUACCUCUCAGUCUCAUUCAUCCAAAUGUUGAAGGCUUUAAUGCCUGUAAUCGUGUACUCAAUUGGGGUUAUCUUGAAAAAAGAUAGUUUCAAGACGAACACAAUGGCUAACAUGAUAUCAAUUUCUAUUGGAGUUGGGAUUGCCGCCUAUGGCGAGGCAAAAUUCGAUGUUUAUGGAGUGAUUCUACAACUGGGUGCGUUGAUCUUUGAGGCAACAAGAUUGGUUUUGAUCCAAAUCUUGUUAACUUCAAAGGGUAUUCAACUAAACCCAAUUACUAGUUUAUAUUAUAUUGCGCCUUGUUGCUUGAUUUUCCUGACUGUUCCUUGGUUAUUCGUCGAAUACCCGCUUUUAAUGGCGCAAACUAAAGAGUUUGAGUUCGAUUUCGUGAUAUUCGGGUCAAACUCUUUGAUUGCAUUCGGGUUGAAUUUGGCUGUUUUUCUUCUUGUUGGGAAGACUUCAGCAUUGACUAUGAAUGUUGCUGGUGUUGUUAAGGAUUGGUUGUUGAUUGCGUUUUCGUGGUCUGUGAUUAAGGAUACGGUUACUCCGAUUAAUUUGUUGGGUUAUUUGUUGGCGUUUUUGGGUGUUGUUUAUUAUAAUCGGGUUAAGUUUCAGAGCUUGAAGGCUUCUGAAGGUCAAGCUCAUCAAAAGAAAGAUAAUGUUGUGGAUUAUGUUAAGGUUAAUGAUGACGAAGAGAGUGUAAAGAAGUUGUUGGAUGAUAGAGAUAGUAAUGGUGUUAAGAAAGAUGAUUCUUAGCACUAAAUGAAUAUGGAGAACUCGAGUUGGAUCGAUUUAUGGGUGUUUGGGUCGUGUUUAUGUUUGGUUUUAGCUCGAGUUUGGGUUGUUAAAUUGUAUACGAGUACAAUGCAGGAUGAUUGCAUAACAUGACUAAGCUAGAGGAUCAAAUUUAGCUUGUACAUGUAUGGGUUGAUCGAUUCGUGUUCGUGCCAAGUUCAAAGUUGUCUUGUCGAGUUAGAGAUGGAAAACUCUAAAGCUUGAUGUUUUACGGUUAAUUCUAGCUACACUUAUUAUGGAGUAUAUUGGUAUUGGUAUUAGAUGGUUCAAAUCUUUAAGCACAUUGCAAUGUCAUUGCAAAAUAUUUCCAUUAAUGCUUCUUAUAAGCUCUCUCUCUCUCUUUUUUUUUUUUUUCAUUUUAUUUGGUUCUUUCAUUCAAUGUAAUAGUUAAACUUUUCAAUGAAUUAAUGAUGAUAAAAUAAAAAAGAA